AUGACCCUGUUAUUGGCACAGAAAGGAAGACCGAAUUCGACCGGAAGCGCUUUCGACAGUUCGGCGAGAGAUCGGGUCAACUCGCGGGGCAAAAACGCACAGACCAUCUCAGACCCAGCCCUCAACCAUGCCCUUGACACUGCAAGUGACAUGGCCGGCCAAGAGGCGGGGCUGAGUUUGAAGGAGAUGCUACAGAGUGUCACACGCAGUAACAGUCGCGCACGACGGAACACGCACGACUUGUACAAAAAUAAGAAAGCUCAAGAGCAGCCAAGGGAAUCUGCGGGUAGCGCAAUAGAGCCUCCACCACAACAGGCCCCAUCCAUCCCCAAAGCCAAGCACCCGCGUAAGAUGUCCUCAACUGAACUGUUGGGCAUGGCCAUUGAAGAAGUUGUGCGAACGGAAGAGAAGUACGUCGACGACCUGCAGACAGUCUUCUCAGUGUUCGAGUUUCUAUCCGCAACGGUUGACUUCGGCACGUUGUCAGAUAACCCGCAGACGAAUGCGGAUAUUCAGAAGUGCAUUGCGGAGCUGAAGAACAUGAUCGACUGCCACGCGAACUUCUACGCGGCCAUUCAGGCCCCACAAAAUGCCACAGAUGAAAGCGAACAAAUUGCUGUGUCGCGGCUGUGCUCUGGAUUUGUGGCGUAUGCGGAUCAGUUCAAGUCACACUACAGCUCGUACUGUGUGCUCUACCCACAGGUUCUCGCCGCGUGGAUGCCAUACGAAUCCAGUCCCGAGGCAAUGGCAGCGGUAGACCAAUACAAGAGAGAAAACAAGGUGAUGUCCUUGAACAUACAGUCUCUGCUCAUUAAGCCCGUGCAACGGCUGUGUAAGUAUCACCUGCUCUUGGGACAACUCAUGAAGUAUGCGCAGAACGGCAGCCAAUCAGCGACCGCCAUUGUUAAAACCACAGAUUUGGCGGCAGAUCCCGACGCGGUAGUUGAUAUGGCGGAACUGAAAGCGUGUUUGGCUGUGAUGAAAAACGUUGGAGACGAGGUCAACGCCAUCAAGCAACGGAAGGAUAUGGAUGAUCUAUCCAGUGAUCUCUUUGCCAAUGUGAAUGGCUGGGAGGGUCUUGCGGCAACCAAAGUGGGUCCGUUGCUAUACAACGAUACGGUAACUAUCGACGCGCACAAGAGCGGCAAGAAAAUCUCCAACGCCUCCAUUUACGUAUUCCAAAACGCGGUUGUGAUCUGCGCACCAAACACGCAAGCGAGGAGGAAAGAGAGUACGGCAGACAACAUCAAAGAGAACAGCGGCAAAAACAGGGCCAGCAGGAAAAACAGUUCCGUUGUGUCGCGAAAAAAUUCGGUUGAUUUCUUCCCAGCAUACAACUUUACAGCAGCACCGCCAUCAAUACCUCCACUCGAGGACCAUGAAUUCACCCAGGCACCGCUACAACAUAAGACCCAUGCGCCACUCACGUCCAGAAGCAUCGCCAGCAUAAAAACUCCCAAGAAAAGCACCAGCCAGACGACAAAGAGUGCUAAAAAUAUAAUCAGCGACGGCUCCCACCAUAACCUUACCCACAUCAGCUCUACCUACAAUAUCACUACCUACAGUAGUGUGAGCACCACCAGUACACCUCUUAGUGGCAGUUCACGGCGGGGUUCCAGACGAGCCAGUACUGAUGGCCGCGAUCAGUACCAAACAAACACAGCCAGCAAAGUGGGCGGCUCACCCAAACUCUGUGAGUGUGUGCAGCGAUUUUGUUGUUGCGUGCGAGAGAGAAGAACUGUUGGGAACUAA